AUGACUAUUGCUUUAUUUGAAGAAUCGCUUCCUGCGGAAUUUAAAAUUCUUAUCACAGCCACCGAUAUGCUUUGGGAGAUAGAAGAAGAUCAAAUAGAGCAAAUUGUUGAUGGUUUAAUCAAAUCAGUUGAGACAAAAUUGCUCACUGAUAAAGAUAUCGCUAUGAUGAUAGACUACGUUUGCUCAAAAAGAUGCAAGAAAUCCAAAUUAUAUCUUAAAACAAUUAAAGACUAUGCAACAAGACAAAAUUUUUUCAUUCCUCCAAAAUGUAUUGAGAAUUCUGACGAAUUAAAAGCGUUACUCUUGAUUGAAAACCAAAUAUAUGGAGCUUUGCCUGAUCAAUACAUUGGAAAAUAUGAAGAAGAAAUUUUUCAAAUUUACAAGAAAGGUUCGAUUUUACACGCCCUAUUAUGGGAUGAUUUAGAAGAACUCCAGCAAUUUACAUUCAAUGUAGAUUUCGAUUUCAAUAGGAGAAUUCAAGGAUUAUCUCUCGUAGAGCACGCUGCUAAGAAUGGUUCUGUAAAUUGUUAUAAAUAUUUAAUUUCAAAUGAUGCAAACAUAUCAUCCGAAACAUUACAAUUAGCUUAUCUUGGAAAUGAUUUCGAAAUUAUUCAUUCUGCCGAAGAAAAAGGAGAAACAGAAGAACUUUGCCUGAAAAACGCUGUUAUGUCACACUACUACGAUGCUGCUUAUUAUUUACACGACAAAUACCUCUUUGAAUACAAAUGGGAUUGGGCUUUAAGAAGUUACAACUUUUCAAUGUUCUUUAACAAACUUUAUGAGUCAGAUAAUGUUGAUAAUAAGGAUGCCGAUGGAGAUACAGCCUUUUUAUGCGCAACAAGGCUCGGAUUAAGGUCAAUUUGUGAAAUGUUGAUAGCAAAAGGAGCAAACAUCGAAGAGAAGGAUAGAGAUGGGAAUACACCAUUGAUUAUUGCAGCUAGAGAUAAUAUAUCUGAAGUAUUUGAUCUUUUAAUUGAAAAUCAUGCGAAUGUCAAUGCACAAAACAACGAAAACUAUAGUGCAUUGAUGUAUGCAAGUGAAAAUGAUUACAUGAGCAUCAUAGAAAAGCUCUUUGAAAACAAAGCAAGCGUAGAUUUAUUUAAUAUUUACGGAUGCAGCGCUUUAAUGCUUGCUUGUCGAGCAAAUAGACUUGAUGUUGUUAAAUUACUGCUUAAAAAGCACGCAUACAUCGAAAGACGUUCAACAGAAGGUUAUACGAGCAUAAUGCUUGCAGUUCAAAAUAAUAACAUACAAAUCGUAAAGUAUUUAAUAGAUAAUAGAGCUAAUCUUGAAGCUAGAACAAAUGAUGGCUUCUCAGCAUUGAUGAUUGCAUGUGAACACAAUUAUGUCGAAAUUGUGAAAUUAUUGUUGGAAAAUAAGGCCGCAAUUGAUGCUACUGAUGAAUAUGGGUUUAAUUCAUAUAUUCUCGCAUCAAGGUACAAACAUACAGAAGUUAUUAAGCUUCUUAAAAAGUACAACAAUAAGUGCAGAAUUUGUUAA